AUGCCUGUGCCUGUCGAAUAUAACUCUGUGCGUCGUAUGAGCAUUAUCACUGUCCCCAACCAGGACAUCAACUUUGAUGCCUAUGACUUCCAGUUGUGUGCUCCCCAAUCUGAUGUCAAGGAUGCCUUUGAGUCCCGUGAGCUUGAAGCCUCGUUUUGCCGCGACUUUUCGUGCUGUGGUCUUGUUUUGAGCGAUCUUCAUGAUUUGUUACAACAUUACGAGGAGUGCCACGUUCGUUUGGAGGAGGAUGAAAGCAGCUUGUAUGAUGACGACUCUUCAAGCUUUUGGUCACCCGCUUCAUCAGUACCUAGCAGCCCUACUUUGGAUGAUGACAGCACUGAUGCCCUCAAGAAAAAGGCUGCUGCAUACCUUUCGGAUUUGUACAACUCCAAUAGCACUACCUUGUCGCCACUCACACUUGCUUGCCCAACAAAGGAGGAUGAUGUUGCUGGCAACUUUGACUCCAUUGCUACCCCUCCCCUUACCCCCUCUACACCUACUGCCCCAAGCAGUGCCUCAAGCGCUAGCUCAGUUGUUUCAGAUGAAGCACCUCUUCCUAUUACCGCUAACAACAACACAUCCGCUGCUAAGAAGACUGCUGGCAAAAAGCGCACCUAUCAACAAUAUGCAUCCUCAUCCACUCCCACCGCUUUAGAUAUCCUUACCCAAUCAGCUGCCAAGAAGCUUGCUAUGGCUGCUAAUGGCGAGUUGCCUGCUCCUAUUUUGACUGAUGAAGAUUUCCUCGCUCAAGCAGGUGCCCUUCUUGCUUCUGCCAAUACCAAUGCAAACGCCGACAAGCCUUACAAGUGCAAUGUGCCAGGCUGCCAAAAGGCGUACAAGAACCCCAAUGGGCUCAAGUAUCACAAUCAGCAUGGUCACUGUGAUCUCAUUACCGAUGAAAGCGAAAACAUUGCUUCCAAGCCAUACCAGUGCACUAUUGGUGAUUGUGGCAAGAGAUACAAGAACCUCAACGGCUUAAAGUACCAUAUUGAACAUUCUCACAUGGCUGCUUUGAACCACACUCUUGCCAGCUUUGGUAGCUCCUUGUUUGCUGCUGCACCUGCUUUUGCUGCUGCUGCUGCUGCUGCCCAACAAGUCGACAACAGUGCCAAUCCCACACCUGAAGCAUCUCCUCAAGCAUCACCUGUCAUGUCGGCUGCUUCUUUGGCUGCAUUCUUUUAA